UUCGAGUGAGGAGGUAUCUGAAUGUGAUGCAGAUUUUUAGUUGCAAAUCGUGUUUUUUUCGGAACUAUCGUGUUGUGUGAUCGUGUUUUAUGUUGAAUCGUCUGUGGAAAUAACAUUUUUGGUGACAGAACGAUAAGAAAUUCUACGCAAUUUUGCUGUUUUUCUUCGGCAACUUCUUCGUCCAAAUAAUUUAUCCAGGAAACAAUUUCAGUUUUAAGUGAAACAUCCAUCGAAACGGACGCAUUUUUCUCGUUGUGCCAAAGUUUCUAAUGAGAAGAGGUACUGAAGUCAUUAUGACCAAAUAGUGCAUAUAAAAAGACAAAGAUUUUUUUGUGCGUGAUUUUAACAGAUUUCUGAUUUGAAAAAAAUGUUAUUUCGAUAUUAUUUGUUGGCAACGGUUGCGGUGAUUGUACUUUGGUGGCUGAUCAGCUACUUGAUCAGUUGCUUUUUCUACAAGCGACGAGUUACGAAAUUUACACGCAAUUUGCCGGUCCUUGAUGAUUACGCAUUACUUGGAUGUGCAUUACGAUUUUUGGGCAAAAACAAUAAAGAAAUACUCGAAACCAUUGAAGAUGUAUUCACGAAACAGAAGUUACCAUUUCUGGGAUGGUUGGGUCCAAAGUGUUUCAUCGUGGUCGAUCAUCCCGAGGACAUUCAAGUGGUUAUGAAUUCAAAGGGUUGCAUCGAUAAAAGUGACGUUUAUCGAUUCUUCAAUCGAGGCGUUGGACUUUUUACAGCCCCAGGUAUGAUUUUGUGCACUAUUUCUCUAGUAUAGCUGUCUCUUGUUUAACUUCUUUGGUUCAAGCAAUGUUCGUAAUUCGAAGAAGAAAAAAAUCACGAAGUCAUUCCGUGGCUCCUUUUCAAACUUUUUGAUUGAUUCCAGUGAAAAAGUGUCUUCACAAGUCCGAGAAUCUAAAUGAAAGAACGACCGAAUUCGGCAAUAAAAAAAUGAACCACAGUUCGAUGGUUUUG